AUCAACCGUCUUCUCAAAGACACAUGCUGUUCACAAAUGCGAAAACUGUUCAAAUUGCAUGUUUUUUUUAAUCGAAAACCGUUAUUUGUAAGGAAGUGCAUGUUCAUUUUCAACUUAUAUUACACUUUAGGAAUUGUUAAUUAAAUGAGUUUCACUUCCGGUUAUUCGAUGACGCCGUAGUUGUAAUAUUUGAGUGCUGACGCGUGAGUGUCUGGUGCUCUGGUGCGGCUCUCUAUUUAUACAUCCGUGUUAACGGGGACGCCAUCUUGUGUUCAGAUUUCUACAAAUUUUCGUUUCUCAGAAAACGGAAACUGCACAGCUACAGGCUCGUCAGACCACAGAAAUACAUGGACCCGAAGACAGCAGUCGCCGUUGGAGUAGGAGCCGGAGCAGGAGCAUUGAUUGCUGUGGUCGGAGCUCCUGUUGUUCUGGGAGCCAUAGGUUUCACCUCCGCCGGGAUCGCAGCAGGAUCCUAUGCUGCUAGUAUGAUGUCGGCUGCUGCAGUUGCUAACGGAGGAGGAGUGGCAGCAGGAGGUCUGGUUGCUGGUUUGCAGGCAGCAGGUGCAGCUGGUCUGUCAGGAGCCGCCACUGCAGCUGUGUCCGGUGUGGGUGCAGUGGUGGGAUGGCUGGUCAGCUUAAUCCGCAGAAAAGAAAAAAGUUAAAUUUAUGAUAUUUAUUAUUUUGCCAAAUAAAAGAGCCAAAAUAGCACUUUUGUGAUCUCUGACAA